GCUGGGCGCGUUUUAGCGAUGGCUUCUGCUCUCAACAGCAAAAUCCACCCGCCCGGGACUUGCCUUGGCUCCAGAGCCGACGCCCGCGGUGGCGCCGGCUGCAGAAUGGACUGUGAUCCCGAGAUGCACGUGAAAAUGUGCAAGAAGAUCGCUCAGCUCACCAAGGUGAUUUACGCCCUGAACACCCGCCAGGACGAGGCGGAGGCCAGCAUGGAGGCGCUGCGGGACGCGCACCAGGCGGAGCUCCAGAACGCGGUGGCGGAGACCCAGGCCAGGCUCCUGCAGGAACGGGGCCGCGCGGAGGAGGAGGCCCUUCUCCAGCGCAUCCAGGCCCUGGAGAGCGCCCUGGAGCUGCAGAAGAGGCUGACGCAGGAGGCGCAGGCCGAGUCGGCCUCGUGCAGGCUGGAGACCAAGGAGCGGGAGCUGCGGGUGGAGGCAGAGCACGCGGAGCGCGUCCUGACGCUCUCCAGGGAGAUGCUGGAGCUCAAGGCCGACUACGAGAGGAGGCUCCAGCACCUGACGAGCCACGAAGCCCCCCAGCGGGGCGGGCUUCCGCAGGAGAGCCCCGACGCCAAAGCAGAGCCAGGCCAGGGCCCGGAGAUGCAGGAGGUCCUGCUGGAGGUGCAGCGGCUGAGAGCGGAGAACCAGCAGCUGAGCAGGGACUACGCCCGCAAGGCCGAGGAGCUGCAGGCCACCUACGAGCGGGAGAACGAGGCCAUCCGGCAGGCCAUGCAGCAGUCGGUGAGCGAGGCCCUGUGGCAGUGGCAGGAGAAGGAGUCUGACCUCCGCAAGAACUUCCAGGUCCAGGAGUCGGCUCUGCAGGCCCAGGUCAGGAAGCUGGAAGGGGACCUGGAGCACAGAGGCCGCAAGAUAAGUGACCUCAAGAAAUAUGCCCAGAAGCUAAAGGAAAGGAUUCAGGACCUGGAUGUGCAGCUCAAGGAGGCUCGACAGGAGAAUUCAGAGUUGAAAAGCACUGCAAAAAAACUUGGGGAGAAGCUGGCUGUUGCCAAAGACAGACUGAUGCUGCAGGAGUGUCAUGAGACACAGAAAACUGAUGACACGAAGACUGAGCUGGUUUCAGAAAAUGAAGUCCUGGGGAAAGCAAAUGACUUGGAAGCCCACAGUCUUCAUCCUGAGCAGAAUCAAAGCUUUCCCAAGGAGUGUCCUUGCACAAAAGGAGGCACAGAUACACAGACCAAGAAAGAGGCAAGUCUGGAGACAGAAUAUAUCAAUAUGAAGCAACAAUAUGAAGAGGACCUUCGUAAAAUCAAACACCAGACAGAAGAGGAAAAGAAACAUCUCAGAGACCAGCUAGUGAAGCGACUGGAAGACUUCGUAAAGAAGCAUACUGUGGAAGUGAAAUCGGUUUGCUCGUCCGUGGAGGCUGAAAGAAAGAAGUUGCAGAAGGAAGUGGAAGCACAGUUGGAGGAAGUGAGGAAGAAAUCAGAAAAGGAAAUAAAGCAGCUGGAAGAAGAGAAAGUGGCCCUAAAUGUGAAGCUCCAGAAUUCUCUGCUUGAGGUUUUAAGGCUGGAAGAAUUUAUCCAACAAAAUAAGGUACACCCCCAAAGAGCUGAAGUGAGGCCGCAGGAAUUAGACUGCCAGCGCAGCAGCAUUCUGGAGACCCAGGAUCCGCGCUCGAAGGCGAAUGAAACUUGUCAGACACCACCCAGAAGAGAAGAGUGUCAAGAUAAGUUAACAGCUGAAGAAGGAGCCCGCAGCGACGGAGAGGAAAGGAUCGAAGGGCCCCUCAUGGAGGAAAGUGACCCGCAACCUCCACUGGACUCUUUGCAGAAGGAGAAGGUACCCGAAAUCGAGUGUCUACAGGAGGACUGGCAAAGCCAGAAGGCCACGUUGCAAGCCCAGGUGUCGCGGAUGCAGCGGGCUCUGGAGCAGUGCGCCAGCAACUACAGGGAGGACCUGCAGGUGCUCAAGCAGCUCGCAGACCAGGAGCGGGAGAAACUGCAACGCGAGCUCCAGGAGAGCUCUCAGCAGGGCCAGGCCGCCAGAGCCCAGCUCGAGGCUUCCCACCAGCGAGCCCUGCGCAUGCUGGAGAAGGCCAAAGCUCAGGAACUCAGGGCCACAGAGGAGCGCUUGAAGAAGGAAUCCAGCCACAGCCUCCAGAUCCAACACCAGGCGCACCGGCUGGAGCUCCAGGCCUUGGAGGAAAGGGCCAGGCAAGAGCUGCAGGAGGAGCGUGAGAGGAUGCAGGCUCAGCAGACCCUGCUGCUAGAGUCCCUCAGGAAGGAACUGUCGGAGCAGCAAGCCACCUGCUCCGAGCACCAGAAGGACUUGGAGGCGCUGCAGGCUGAGCUGAGGGCCCUCGGCAGCUUGAGCAGACGGCAGGCCACUGGCCAGUGUCCAGGGGACAACGAGGACCAUGCCAUUGCCACAGAGGUGCGGGGCGGCCCGGGCCAGGCCGGCUCCCCGGCGGGCGGCGCGGCCGAGGAGGGGCCCAGCGAGGCGGGCGGGCUGCGGGAGGAGAACGCGCAGCUCAAGGACGCGGUGCGGCGGCUGCGCGCCGAGGCGGAACAGCACCAGCAGGAGGCGCUGCAGCUCCGCGACCAGCGCAGGUUGCUGGAGGAGAGUCAGCAAGCCCAGCGGGCCAGGGAAGUGGAGGCGCUGCGCCAGGAACAUCGGAAGGAGAUGCAGGCCAUGGUGGCAGAUUUCAGCAGUGCCCAGACCCAGCUCCAGACCCGGCUGGCUGCCCUGGAAGCCGAACUGAAAGAUUCCGGAGAGAAGCCAGGGAAGGGAGCGUCCCGGCCCGAGGACCUUCAGCUCAUAGGCCGUCUGCAGACCCUCUUGAAGGAGAGAGAGGAGAUCAUCAAGCAGCUCACGGAAGAGAGAAGAUUCCACUACGCAGCGUUCCCCAGCGCAGUGUCCCAUCGGAAUCGGUCUUUUUCAUUCCAUCCUCACCCAGGGUAUUUGACCCCUUCCAUGAAGAAAAAGAAGAUGGAGGAAGUGCCCAGCAGAGUGGUCAGUGUGCCAAACCUCGCCUCCUACGCAAAGAACUUUCUGAGUGGCGAUCUGAGCUCCAGGAUCAACGCUCCUCCAAUCACCAAGUCACCCAGCUUGGACCCAAGCCCCAGCUGCGGCCGGCCUUACAAACCCACACAGUCUGUAGAUGCAAAAACUGCCACAAGGACACCAGAAGGUGAAACUGCCCAACCCAAAGAAGCCCAGCAGAAACAGGGCUCUCCACACCAGGAAUGGUUUACGAAGUACUUUUCUUUCUGA